AUGGCAUUUUUAAGGUCCACGGCCAUAGCUGCUGCUGCGACAAUCCCAGCUGCCACUGUCGCCCUUCUCUCUUCUCAACGUUCGUCCUCAUUUCCCCCUUCGGAAUCAUCACCUUCUCAAUCUGCUACGAGACUUCUAUCUCAAUCUUUACCCUUUGGAUCAAUUUCUCUUUGCUCUAAAGAUAUUCCUGGACCAAACAGAUUGGGUGUGGUGAAAAGUGUUGCUGGUUCUAAGAUGGAAGCUCCUCCAUCUAAUCAAAAUUCCUCCAUUCCUCAGAACGGAGCUGUAUUACCGGAGCUUCUUACAGAGUAUAUGGUGGAUAUGUCUUGUGAGGGUUGUGUUAAAGCAGUAAAGAAUAAAUUGCAGACUGUUGAAGGAAUUAAGAAUGUGGACGUGGACUUGGAAAAUCAGGUCGUGAGGAUACUUGGGAAUACACCCGUAAAGACAAUGACCGAAGCACUGGAGCAGACUGGUAGGAAAGCUCGACUGAUUGGACAAGGGAGCCCCGAUGAUUUCCUUGUUUCUGCUGCUGUAGCUGAAUUCAAAGGCCCAGUAGUUUUUGGAGUGGUCCGUUUUGCUCAAGUAAGCAUGGAACUGGCCAGGAUUGAAGCCAACUUUAGUGGGGUGUCACCAGGAAAGCAUGCAUGGUCCAUUAAUGAAUUUGGAGAUUUGACAAGGGGUGCAGCUAGCACUGGGAAAAUUUUCAACCCUACAAAUGCCAGUGGAGAAGAGUGCCUGGGAGACCUGGGAACACUAGAAGUUGAUGAAAAAGGAAAUUCUUUUUUUUCUGGAGCAAAGCCUUCCCUGCGGGUUGUCGAUCUCAUUGGGCGAUCUAUUGUGGUAUAUGAAACUGAAGAUAAAUCAGAUGCUGGUCUUGCAGCUGCGGUGAUAGCUAGAAGUGCUGGAGUCGGUGAGAACUACAAGAAGCUUUGCACCUGUGAUGGUACAACUAUUUGGGAAGCCACUAAUGCAGACUUUGUGACCAGUAAAGUUUGA